UCCUCCCCUGCCCGGUUCCAGCCCCUCCCUCCCCUCCCCCACUCGCGAUCCGGGCCGCUGCUGCUGGGCCGGACCCCCCGGGCUCAGCCCGGCCCCUCGCCGAGCCGCCGCCGCCGCCCCGUUUGCUGAGGAGGAGGCCCCCGGCCGGGGCGCCGGGCGCGGGGCAUAAAACGGGCCAGAGCCGGCGCCUGGGGCACUAGAGCCGCGUACGGCCCGGGUCAGCGCCCGCCCGCCCGCGCUCCUCCCGGCCGCUCCUCCCGCCCCGCCCGGCCCGGCGCCGACUCCGCGGCCGCCCGACGAGCCCCUCACCGCACCGCUCGGGCCCUGGCCCCGGCCCCCUCCAGCCGCACCGCCCCCGGCCCGGCCCUCCUCGCGUCUCCCUCCUCCCUCUGUUGCUCCCUCCUCCCUCCCGCCUCCCCAGCUGUCCCGUUCGCGUCAUGCCGAGCCUCCCGGCCCCGCCGGCCCCGCUGCUGCUCCUCGGGCUGCUGCUGCUCGGCUCCCGGCCGGCCCGCGGCGCCGGCCCCGAGCACCCCGCGCUGCCUAUCCGGCCCGAGAAGGAGCCGCUGCCCAUUCGGGGAGCAGCAGGCUGCUCCUUCGGCGGGAAGGUCUAUGCCUUGGACGAGACGUGGCACCCGGACCUGGGGGAGCCCUUCGGGGUGAUGCGCUGCGUGCUGUGCGCCUGCGAGGCGCCUCAGUGGGGUCGCCGCGCAAGGGGCGCAGGCAGGGUCAGCUGCAAGAACAUCAAGCCCGAGUGCCCAACCCUGGCGUGUGGGCAGCCGCGCCAGCUGCCUGGACACUGCUGCCAGACUUGCCCCCAGGAGCACAGCAGUUCGGAAAAGCAGCCGACGGGCCUGGCCUUCGAGUAUCCACGCGACCCAGAGCACCGAAGCUACAGCGACCGUGGGGAGCCAGGAGCUGAGGAUCGGGGGCGUGGAGACGGCCACACAGACUUCGUGGCGCUGCUGACAGGGCCAAGGUCGCAAGCGGUGGCGCGGGCUCGAGUGUCGCUGCAGCGCUCCAGUCUGCGGUUCUCCAUCUCCUACCGGCGGCUGGACCGCCCUACCCGAAUCCGCUUCUCUGACUCCACUGGCAGCAUCCUGUUUGAACACCCUGCAGCGCCCACCCAAGAUGGCCUGGUCUGCGGGGUGUGGCGGGCAGUGCCUCGGUUGUCCCUGCGACUCCUUAGGGCAGAACAGCUGUAUGUGGCACUUGUGACACCCACUCACCCUUCAGGGGAGGUCUGGGGACCUCUCAUUCGGCACCGGGCCCUGGCUGCAGAGACCUUCAGUGCCAUCCUGACCCUGGAAGGCCCCCCACAGCCAGGCAUAGGGGGCAUCGCCCUACUCACUCUCAGUGACACAGAGGACUCCUUGCACUUUCUGCUGCUCUUCCGUGGGCUCCUGGAGUCCAGGAGUGGGGGACCAGCCCAGGUUCCCCUGUGGCUCCGGAUUCUACACCAGGGGAAGCUACUGCGAGAGCUGCAAGCCAAUGCCUCAGCCCAGGAACCGGGCUUUGCUGAAGUGCUGCCCAACCUGACAGCCCAGGAGAUGGACUGGCUGGUGCUGGGGGAGCUGCAGAUGGCCCUGGAGAGGGCAAGUGGGCCAGGGCUACGCAUCAGUGGACACAUUGCAGCCAGGCAGAGCUGCGAUGUCCUGCAAAGUGUCCUUUGCGGGGCGGAUGCCCUGAUCCCAGUUCAGACGGGUGCAGCGGGCUCAGCCAGCCUUACACUGCUAGGAAACGGCUCCCUGAUCUACCAAGUACAGGUGGUAGGUACAGGCAGUGAGGUGGUGGCCAUGACGCUGGAGACCAAGCCUCAGCGGAGGAACCAGCACACUGUCCUCUGCCACAUGGUUGGACUCCAGCCGGGAGGACACAGGGCCGUGGGUAUCUGCCCUGGGCUGGGUGCCCGGGGGGCUCAUAUGCUGCUGCAGAAUGAGCUGUUCCUGAACGUGGGCACCAAGGACUUCCCAGAUGGAGAGCUGCGGGGCCACGUGGCCGCCCUGCCCUACAGUGGGCACAGCGCCCGCCAUGACACACUGCCUGUGCCCCUGGCAGGAGCCCUGGUGUUGCCCCCGGUGCAGAGCCAGGCAGCAGGGCACGCCUGGCUCUCCCUGGACACCCACUGUCAUCUACACUAUGAAGUGCUGCUGGCAGGGCUUGGUGGCUCAGAGCAGGGCACCAUCACUGCCCACCUCCUCGGGCCUCCUGGAAUGCCGGGGCCCCGGCGGCUGCUGAAGGGAUUCUACGGCCCGGAGGCCCAGGGUGUCGUGAAGGACCUGGAGCCCGAGCUGCUGCGGCACCUGGCUCAGGGCUCUGCCUCCCUGCUGAUCACCACCAAGGGGAGCCCCCAAGGGGAGCUGCGAGGGCAGGUGCACAUUGCCAACCAAUGUGAGGUGGGCGGCCUGCGGCUGGCGGCAGCAGGGGACAAAGAAGUGCAGGUGCCUGGGGCUCUGGAGGCGGUGGCGGCCAUGGUGGCCCCACUGCCCGCUGUGCCGGGCCCAGACACCCCAGCGCCAGCCAGACCAGGUGGCCCCGGUCGGCUCCGAGACCCCAACACCUGCUUCUUCGAGGGGCAGCAGCGCCCCCACGGGGCUCGCUGGGCUCCUAACUAUGACCCGCUCUGCUCGCUCUGCACCUGCCAGAGACGCACGGUGAUUUGUGACCCCGUGGUGUGCCCGCCUCCCAGCUGUCCAAGCCCAGUGCAGGCGCCGGGCCAGUGCUGCCCUGUGUGCCCGGAGAAACAAGAUGUCAAAGACCUCCCGGGGCUGCCAAGGAACAGGGACCCUGGCGAGGGCUGCUAUUUUGAUGGUGACCGGAGCUGGCGGGCAGCAGGCACCCGGUGGCACCCUGUCGUGCCCCCAUUUGGCUUAAUUAAGUGUGCUGUCUGCACCUGCAAGGGGGGCACCGGGGAGGUGCACUGUGAGAAGGUGCAGUGUCCCCGGCUGGCCUGUGCCCAGCCCGUCCGUGCCAACCCCACUGACUGCUGCAAGCAGUGUCCAGUGGGGUCAGGGGCCCACCCCCAACUGGGGGACCCCAUGCAGGCUGAUGGGCCCCGAGGCUGCCGUUUUGCAGGGCAGUGGUUCCCAGAGAGCCAGAGCUGGCACCCUUCAGUGCCCCCCUUUGGGGAGAUGAGCUGUAUUACCUGCAGAUGUGGGGCAGGGGUGCCCCACUGUGAGCGGGAUGACUGUUCACCACCACUGUCCUGCGGCCCAGGGAAGGAGAGCCGCUGCUGCUCCCACUGCACACCCCGGCGGCGGCCAGCCCCAGAGACCAGGACAGUCCCAGAGCUUGGGAAAGAAGAUGAAGGCUCCUAGGGAGCAGCCAGAAGGCCGUAUGACCAAGAGGAUGGGGCCUGGGCCGAGGGAAGGAGGGGCACCGAGGACCUCAUAUUCUCCUGCGGGAAACCCAGUGCCUUUGGCCCCUCUCUUCUGCCUCUUCCCCCUCCCCCACUACCUCUGGGAACCACAACUGCACACGGGGGAGGGGCAGCCAGGGCAGACCAAGGCCAUGUCCGUUCCAACUCUGGCCUUGUCACCCUCCGGCCCCUGCCUUGGAAGCCCAACCCCUUUCCUUCUGUACAUACUGUCACUGGCUUGUUGGGAUUUUUAAUUUAUCCUCACUCAGCACCAAGGGUCCCCGCCCCCUCCACACUUCACUCCUGCUGCCCCUGAGCUGAGCAGAGUCAUUAUUGGAGAUUUUUGUAUUUAUUAAAACUUUUUUUUUCCAGUCUUUG